AUGCCGUCCGCAGCCUUGCACCACCAAGCCAACGGCAUCAUCCAUCGAUCGCAUGAACCCGAAGCUGCUGAGUCGAAAGGCUUUAAUGACGCUAGUACUGUCACGCAGGCUGACGCUAUUCCUACCCAUCCGCUUGGAGUAAAGCCACUAGGCAACCGCUAUCUGUCCAAUGGAUCAAAUGCAAAGGCAAACUGUGGCACAUGGGGUUUCUUGCCCGAUGAGAUACUCAUGUUAGUCCUGGAACAAUUGGAUGCAAAAUCGUUGCUGAGUCUCGGUUCAACCUGCAAGUUCUUGUUUGCCUUUUGCCACGCGGAUGAGCUUUGGAAGGCCCUAUUUUUGAAGUUAUCAGCAGAGGCAAGUCGUUCCCUUGACUGGCUUGGCUCAUGGAGGUCGACCUUGUUGGCCUUGCCUCGCGGCUGGGAAGCCGCAGUAGACUGCGGAAAUGUCUUUUCCGAUGUCUUGCACAGGCCAUUCGCCUGUAGCAACAUCGUCUUGUCGAACUUUGUGGAAAACAUACCCAAGGCGAACCAGAUUUGCCGAAGGGACAAUUUGACAUAUGAACAGUAUGCAGACCGGUGGACUGAGCAGCCUUUUAUCCUCACCAAAUGCGUUCAGGACUGGCCAGUGUGUUCCAAGUGGACCAUAGAGGAGCUGCUCAAGGCAUACUCCAGCGUUGAAUUCCGGGCAGAAGCAGUCGACUGGACCCUGGAGCGAUACUGCAACUAUAUGAAGGGCCACAAGGAUGAGAGUCCGUUGUAUCUUUUCGACCGCAGGUUCGCAGAAAAAAUGGGCAUCACUGUCGGCCACCAACAUGGCACGGCUUACUGGAAGCCAGACUGUUUCGGCCCUGACCUGUUCGAAGUUCUCGGGGACGAACGCCCGGCGCACCGAUGGCUCAUCAUUGGACCAGAGCGAAGUGGCUCGACGUUCCACAAGGACCCCAAUGGCACGAGUGCUUGGAAUGCCGUCAUCCAAGGAUCCAAGUACUGGAUCAUGUUUCCCCCGACAGCUCGGCCCCCCGGUGUGUACGUGUCGGAGGACAGCAGCGAGGUCACAAGCCCUCUCAGCAUUGCCGAAUGGCUUCUGACCUUUCACGAAGAAGCCAGACGGCUGCCUGGAUGCGUGGAGGCAAUAUGUGGCCCAGGGGAGAUUGUGCACGUUCCGGGCGGCUGGUGGCACCUAGUUGUCAACCUCGAAAGCGGCAUUGCCUUGACGCAAAACUUUGUUCCUCAGUCCCCCAGCCUUAAUCUCCUGUCCGAAGUAUUGUUAUUCAUGCGUGACAAGGCCGAUCAAGUUUCAGGGUUCGACGGCAAUGUGGAAAAGCCGUUUGAGUUGUUCACGGAAAGAUUGGGACAGCAAUAUCCAGAUAUUCUGGACAAGGCCCUUGAGCUAGCAGACCAGAAGAGCGGGAAAAAGCGCAAGUGGGAUGCCGCCAUUGGCAAGGAGACGGAAGAGGGUAGAUCGGGAAGAGGCUUCAGUUUUGGGUUCGGAGGUGAUGACGAUGACGAGAUUCCGUAA